AGGGCCGAUAAUGUCCAGUAGAAUUCGUGUUGCUGCUGUUGUUGGAAGUGUCUUGGCUGUAAUUGUUGUUGCUGCAGUCGUAGUAAUCGCUGUGAUAAGUCUUAGGAGAGCGCGGCAAAGAUAUCGAAUACAAUCACAAUUACAAAGAGGAAAAAACGAGAAAUUUCAAACUGAAGUGACAGUCUUAGAAAGUACGACAAAUAUCAGUGCAGAAAGAGAAACCAAGCCUGCAGCAUCCGUCAGGCCACAGACCUGCUUCAUACCUGGGACAGACACGGGGACCGCGACCCCAACCUUUGCGGCAACGUGCGUGAAGACACUCCGACCAAUCGUCAGUCAGCCCCAGCAAUGUCCUCUAGAAACACAGUUGAUCCUGAUGAAAGUAUUUCAGCUGCGAACCUGAUAGAAGGAACUUGCGUUUCGUCCACUGGAGGUAAAGAUCAAAGAAAGGAAAAGUCGCUCUCAGCACCUCCUAGUUUCCUAGCGACGAUGGAGCGAAAAGAAAGCAUACAAAACGAUGAGAAAUUCGAGCUCAAUACAAUUUUACCCAGUAACUUUCACGACAGUCAGUUAGAAACGGUUCCAAAUAAAGAUAAAGAGCCUACGGACCCUACAGACGAGGAAGAGGAGAACAUCUACGACACAGAGGACAUCUACGCCUCCUACCGCUCACUGGGGCCCUCGUCAAUACUCGAUGAUCUCCAGAAGUCCUUGUUGGCCAGUCUGACUUCAGGAAAACUUGGGAUGGAAUUUGCGAAAUUUCCCAAAAGCAUGCAACAUCCCCAUGAGGUUGGUAUGCAACCAGAGAAUGCAAACAAAAAUCGCUUCAAGGCCCUAUAUGCUUACGACCAUUCUCGAGUUGUUCUUCGUCGACCAAAUGGAGACAUCAACACAGAUUACAUCAACGCAAGCUACGUCAGGGGAUACCAAGGAGAGAAAGCAUACAUCGCCACACAAGGUCCGCGCUCUAGCACAGUAGAUGACCUGUGGUGGAUGGUGUGGCAGGAGAAUGUCACUCAGAUCAUCAUGUUGACUAACCUCAAGGAGGGCAGAAAGGACAAGUGUGAAGAGUACUGGCCAUCAGUCGGCACCACAAAGACGUAUGGUCACGUGACCGUGACAGCCCUAAAAACAGACACCAGAGCAGACUUCAUCAUCCGCUAUUUUGUGUUGGAGUCCAAAGAGGGCGGUGACCAGCGGACGGUAUCUCAGUAUCACUACCUGGUGUGGCCUGACCACGGGGUGCCGUCCACCUACUCGCUGGUCAGCUUCUGGCGCUACGUCAAGGCACGUGCACAGGGGGCCAUACCUGUCGUACACUGCAGCGCUGGAGUUGGACGCACAGGCACAUACAUCGCCUUAGACAUCGCUUCCGAACUGAGGUCACAUGAUCAUGAGGUGAACGUCAAGGACAUCGUCAGUAGACUACGUGAAGAUAGAACACUCAUGGUGCAGACUGAGGAACAGUAUAAGUUCCUUUAUGAAGCCAUCCUAGAGGAACACACCAGCAGUGGAACCAGAAUGACCUUUGACCAGUUUGACCUCGCGUUUCCCGACGAUAUCAAUAUCCAUAAACCUCGGACAGCCAACGAAUUUAAGGCCUUAAAACAAAUGGAACUGUUUCUGCCUGAACCAAGAAGUACAAUUGCUGAGUCUGAAGAGAAUUAUCUCAAAAACAGAAUGAAAAGGUCACUGCCAGACGACAUUCACCUAGUGUACCUCAUGGACAACGUGCCUGGGAGAAAUCAGUACAUCAACGCUGUUUAUAUGUCGUCGUUUAGGAAAUCGCAAGGGCUGAUUCUGACUCAGCUCCCUUUGCCGGACACCGUGGUGGACAUGUGGCGUCUGGUUGACUCAUGGGACGUCAACACUGUUGUUUCUCUCGGACACAAAGACCAAAGACAAUCAAUUCAGAAUUACUGCGGCUACUGGCCUGAAGAUCCAAAGGACGAGCUGAAAACUGAGCAACAUACCAUCACCCUAACAUCUACUUCUACACUUGGAGAUCAUAUCACCUGUUUCAAUCUCUCUCUUUCCACUAAGAAGUCCAUGCCCAGAGAGGUCCGUCUUCUGUACUAUGAUGACUGGGCAGACCUUGUCCCAGGAAACAUCUCGGACAUCCUUCAACUUAUAGACAUUCUUGAAUCAUGGGAUGUUGAAGAGGAGGCCUCACCUGUAGUCGUGCAGUGCAUUGACGGGGUGGCGAGGAGCGGGAUGUUCUGUGCACUGUAUGAUAUCAUCAAUCGAGCCAUGCAUGACCAGGAGAUAGAUGUCUACCUGUCUGUGCGGCACGUGCAAAGAGUCAGACCAAAGGCUGUUACUACAGAGGAUGAGUACCAUUACUGCUACCAGGCGCACAAGAGUACAAACGUCAACAUAGUGUUUACCAGAACACGUGACCAGUUUAGUGUUUCCUUCCAUGUGUCUGUGACUGAGGAGUUGUUUUAUUUUUUAGUAAGAAACUCUGAAGAAAAUAAAUUUUAAAGUGGACGAUAUUAAUAUUGUACAAGAUUUUUUUCCUACAUCGGUUAUUUUUUAGUAAGAAACUCUGAAGAAAAUAAAUUUUAAAGUGGACGAUAUUAAUAUUGUACAAGAUUUUUUCCUACAUCGGUUAUUUUGGUUUUAACGGGAGUUACCAGGUCUGUAACACUAGAAUUACUUGAUAAACAGCACGGAUAGAACUGAUGCACCCUGUGUAUAAAUCACGCUGUAUGUAUUUGUAUUUUUGUGUAUUAAAUAA